AAAACGACACAUCACUGCCGCAAUGCCUUCCAACGAGAGCGUCAAAACCGGACUGGCGGUUGCCGAGGACAAGUCCAAGGUGCUGGGCCUCACCGUCGGCAAGCACACCGUCGAGCCAGGCCUAUACAUUCCGCGCGCGGAGGCUCAGUCCGCCCCCGGGUUAGUCUUUGAAGGCGCAGACCCCGCGGCCACCUACCUGGUCAUGGGAAUCGACAUUGACGCGCCGUUCGUGACGCUGCCCGUUCUCGGGCCCAUCCUGCACUGGGUCCAGCCGGGCCUCAAGCCGGAGCUCAACAAGGACGGCAAGUCCGUGCUCACGGCGAGGGAGCCCUUCGUCUGCAACUACAUCGGUCCCGCGCCGCCGCCCGGCAGCGGCCCGCACCGCUACUGCUUCUUCCUCUAUGAGCAGCCCGCGGGCUUUGAUGGCAAGGCCCACGCGCCGCCGGACGGCGAAAAGAUGGGCAACUGGUCUCGCAUGCGCUUCAGCCUGGACGACUGGGAGAAGCAGGCCGGUCUGGGCAAGAUUAUUGCGGCCAACUAUUACACGAGCAAUUGAUCUGAUGGCUGCGGUGGAUUUGCUUCUAAAUAAGUAAGACAGUAACAAGGCAAUAAUAGAUACCCUUCA